AUGCAUGAUAGCCUUUGACAUAGCAUGGAGGACCAUCACCUUGUGGCAGCCAGCAGACAGCAGCCAUUAUAUCGCAUGCCUGCAUAACGGUGACAGAGUCAGAGGGGCGCGACGCAGCCCCGCACCCCCACCUCUUCCUUUCCCCAUUUCCACUGCAAACACCUUCUUCUCCUUUAUGACCGACGACGUAGCCACCAAGCGUCCGAGGCUUUGCCUCUCCUCCAUUUCGGCUGGGCGACGGCAGGGGGAAGGAGAAGAGACAGAGGAGGAGGAGGAUUCGCAGCCGCUGUUGCCGGGACUGCCUGACCACCUCGCUCAGCACUGCAUCGCCCAUCUCCCUGCUCCGCUCCUCUUCUCCGUCUGCCGCUCCUGGCGCCGCCUGCUAUACUCCCCUUCCUUCCCUCCCUUCCUCUCCAUCUUCGCCCUCCUGUCUCCCUCCGAUGACGCCGGCGGCGACCCGGUCUCGUUCCACAGCUUCGAUCCCAUCGCCGCGCGAUGGGCACCGCUUCCUGCGCCGCCGCCGCACCCGCCGCUGCGCCUGCUCCUCCUCCAGCACCCUUCCUUCAUUGCCCGCAGCCUCUCGGUCCAGUCCGUGGCCGUCGCCGGCCACCUCGUCGUCCUCGCGGCCACGACCCACCGCCUCGUCCCCGCCCUCCCCCGGCCCCUCGUCUUCCACCCGGCCUCUCGCCGCUGGCGCCUCGGCCCGCCCCUCCACGCCCCGCGCCGAUGGUGCGCCGCCGGGGCCGCCGACGGGGCGGUGUACCUCGUCUCCGGAGUCGGCACCGACUACAACACCGACGUCGCCCGCUCCGCCGAACGGUGGGACCCGGAGGCCGGCGAAAUCGCAGGGUGGGAGCGGGUGGCGCCGCUCCCGGACGGGCGGUUCAGCCGGGAGGCGGUUGAGGCGGUGGCGUCGCGGGGGAAGCUGUGCAUGGUGAACGUGAGGGGGCGGGCGGCGAAGCAGGGGACGGUGUACGACAUCCGGGCGGACCGGUGGGAGGAGAUGCCCCCCGGGAUGCUGGCCGGGUGGACCGGUCCCGCGGCCUCGGCAGCAGAUGAUGACGAUGAGGGCGGCGGCUGCAUCUACGUGGUGGACGAGCGGAGCGGCGCCCUCAAGGCCUACGACUGGUACGCCGACAGCUGGACGACGGUGGCGGAGUCGGAGCUGCUGAAGGGGGCGGCGCAGAUGGCGGUGGGAGGUGGGCGGGCGUGCGUGGUGUGCGGCGAUGGGCGCGCGAUGGUGGUAGUCGACGUGGCCAUGGCGCCGGCGCGGAUAUGGGUGGUGGAACCGCCGGAGGGGAAGCGGGCGCUCGCGGUGCACGUGCUGCCCAGGCUAAGCUCGAGCGGGUCCUCCGGACCGUUCAAUCCAUGAGCCGUACCGCAUCCAUCGGCUCUGGUUAUUAUUCUCCCUUCUUUCAUUUUAAUUUUUUCCCACAUUUUCGGGAAAAAGAAAGGGUUGACCAGUCAAGCACGUGCAAUGCGAAUGAGCAUCGGCGGGGUCGGGAGCAUGAAGACAAAGGAGUGCUUUUAGCGUCACUGACAAUAAAGUAAUGGCAAACGGCAUUAAUCUUCCACUGCA